AGAAAAUCGUAGUCCAUGUACGCCUCUUGCCAUUCCGGCACCAUUUGGGAUGCAAAUUCUUUCCCAAACUUCAUUUUGGUAUAUUUGUUAGAUUUUUCGGUGGUAAGAAGAAAUGGUUUUGAGAGAGGACUUGGAGGAGAAGGAGAGAGACACCUUGGAGUUACCUCGUUUGCUUCGCUUGCUGCACUUUGCUGCUUCGCUUGCUGCACUUUGCUGCUGCUCUUGGUGCAGCUUUUCGUGCUUUUCAUUUGUUGCUCUUGGUGCAGCUUUGACUUCUUUUCAUUUUGCCGCCAUUUUAUGCAGCUUUCAGACCACAACUCCAACAGUCCUCCUUGGUGUUAAAAUUGCGGGAAACAAGAAAUUUACCUAAGCAUUUAGACUCUGCGAUUUGCAAUUCUUUAUGCUUUGGUUUUGAUUUGUUGUUGUUGCUAAACCCAUCUCCUUUAGCAGAUAAGCUCUUCCUUUAAUACUGUAGCUUCAUCUUGCUUAAAUUUUCUGCUUUUAACAAAUUUUUGGAGCUUUA